AUGAAGUCCUUCUUCACCGUCUUGAGCGCUAUUGCCUCGCUCGCCGUCGCAGCGCCGCACCACGGAGGCCACCACAACAAAUGCAUCUCCCAGUCUGAGGCCGAGACUUUGGUCGCCAGAUACGCUGCGGUCAUCGCCGGCCAGCCAUCCGACUUGGGCGGUCCUGUGAAGACUGCUCGCGCCAUUGCCGCCAAAGGCUACAGUGAGCAGUCCGACUCCGCGAACCAGCUCGGAGGCCUUCCUCUCGGCAGCUUGACUGUCGCAACCAAGAGAGACUGGAUCUACGAGUCGCAGAACAACCCACCAUUCCCCACCGAGACCCAGGCCGUCUACGUGACAGACUGCAACAAAGUCACCUGGCUAUGGAUCUCCCCCAACUUCGGCAGUGGCGCGUACCCGGUGCAGGGCAUCCAUUUGCUCACGACGAACGAUGACUGCAAGCUCACGAUGGUUAACUUCGAGUUCAACAGCUUCGCUGCUGCGCUUGACACUGGCUAUACUAUCUUUUACGCCAACGGGACUCAGUACGGGGCUUAG